AAGGCUAUCUAGAAUCUUUCUCGAACGAUGUAAGUCAGAAAAGGAAGAAUCUUGCAGAAUGAGCUCCACAUUGUUUCUCCAAGUUUCGUAGUCAACUUCAGUACUUGGCUGGGAGAUUUUUCCAGAGAGCACUCUGAGCCUGAAAGGUGUGUGCGCCUGUGAGGAUGCUGCAUCACUCUUUACAAUGUGCUCCACCACCAUGCGUUGAACUUCUGGUGGGUUUAUCUCAGUUACCCUGACAGUAGGUGAUUCCUUCUCUGUCAUCAUUGUUCUGGCUGUAACUGGGCUCUGCAAUUGUUGGGUCAGGUCAGUGCUCCUAUCAGGGGAGAGGGGGUAAUGUACGUGUGGCUCACUGGUAAAAAGUUGACUUGUCUCUUUCAGGUGACCAGUGGCUGACUCUGUGCAUCUGGAUAGCUGCUCCUUCAAGAUGUCGUCAAAUGAUUUACCGCUAAGCUUGGCAAUCUUCUGCAGUUCACUGAAAUAACUCAAGGUGGCGUGUUCAGCGAGUAUAGGCAGGUACACGCUUGACAAGGGCCUUAUUUGGUAGGUGAUAUUGUGUGAGCUCUUGAAGUCAUGGCAUCAAGUAGGCAAGUAGGCAUCAAAGGUUCAAGGGUUGUGAAGGCAUAACAACUUUCAUACUCCACAAUUGCAUCUUUAUGGUGUGGAGAUUGUGGGUCAUCUAUAUGGAGAACUCUGGAUAGACGACCAUGACUAUUUAGAAAGUCUGAUAAGUCUUCAUCUAACUCUGUGUUAGUAAGGCCACUAACAAUAACUGAGCUUGUGAUUUUGAUAUUCUCUCUCUCAACUAUCUCCAUUUCUUUUUUUUUUUUAGGCUCACGAUUAACCCAAACGAGACUAUUUUACUUCCUUUUUCUUUUCCUUCUUAUUUAUACUCCUUGUAAAUACUUUGUAAAUAUUUCUCUUAUGUCUGGCAUUGGCAUGCUAAUGUGUGUUUAAAUAUUAAGCGCUGUUGAACAAGAAAGCACAGUAAACUCUGUACACUAACAAGGUGUUUGUAGACUUAUGUUUUCCCUCUGUUGGAACUAAUCAGCCUAGCUGGUCCAUCUGCCCGGUCACAACAGGGUUAGUUACAAGUUACUGACCCUGAGUCUUCCCUGGACUUGUCACGGGGUCAUAACAGGGAUCAACUGCAGAAAGGAAAAUGAGACAGAAGGAGAAUGUAAGUUUAUUGACCCUAAUAAGUGAGGAAGUAGCCUAGGUGGUGGUUCUACCAUCAAGAAUGGUGAUUACACAUGGGCAGAGUCUAUACUUAGGUGAUCUCAGCUUUUUUUUUUUUUUCCAUAAAGGACAGUGGAGAGAAAGAGGCUAUCAGAAUUACUCGUUUAACUUUGACUCCUUAUAUUGAAAGUUGAAUCUUUAUUUAAAUAAGUAAGAGGCAAAAUAAAACAAAGUGUCCACUUUAAAAGAUAUAGCUAUAAGUCAUAUAUUUUAAAGUCAUCUUUGAUUUAUUAUUUCAUUUUUAUAGUCAUAUUUAUAGUCUUUUUAUGAUUGCACAUUUCAGCAAAGUAACAAAACUGUGUGAGUACACAGCAGACAAGCACAGACAUGCAGCUGUACAGUAGUGUGUGUACACGGAGUCGAUUCUAGGGACUAUGGAGGCCCCAUGCAGGAAAAUGUAAGGGAUCCUGGUAUUUCUUUCCUUCUUUAUUGCCAUUAUAUAACCCAGACACCUUAAUAAAGAAUCAGAAAUCCACAAAAAAAAAAGAAAUUGUGGCGAAAUCAGUCCUACUAUAGGGGAGGUAUACAGUUGUACAGUACCCUUCUGAGGUUUUGGGGAGUUCUAAAGUUCUGUAGUUUGACAUUAAUGUCAGCCAUUAGGGGUCUCCCUCACAACUCAGGGCACUUAGCAAUUACCUGCUUUGUCUGUGUGCAACCCACAAACUCAACACACACAGCAAUUUCAUACACAUUUGCCUAAAAAACUCUGUAUUUUUGUGAUUGCUUUAUGAGGUUUUCUAGGUAUUAAAUUAUUUGGAUUCAUACUGGUGAUGAAUGUUCUAAUAAAAAUGAACACACAUCUAACAGACCGUUUGUAUCUGUUCUCCCAUAUGAGCUAACACUGCAUGGAGCAGAUGUUACAGACUGACAGCAGUGUGUGUGCUGCUGCUGUGUGUUCUCCUGCUGACUGCCAUCACAGUGCUGUGGAUCAAAUUCAACAUCCUGAGUACAGAAAACAACCAGCUAUGGACCAGGUACAACACCCUGACUAUAGAGAGAGACAAGUUACGAAACCAGUUGCUGGAUUCACCAGCUCUGUCGCUAAACUAUUUUGAAUGCAAAUGGCCAGAGGCAACAGUGGCAAGGAAAAAAAUCCCUGAGAUGACAGAAACCUUGAGAGGAUCCAGGACUGGCAUUCCAUCCAGUGAUGUUCACUAUAGUCACCCAUUCUCUUUCUAGCUAUAUUAGACACAGAUAAAUUGGUUGGUUACAGGAUCUUAUAGCACAGCACUGCUGAAAUCUUGAUUCUGAUUGGUCAGGAGGUGUUGAUUAAUUUUCUCUGUAGUGCAGCUGCAAAUCACAGUAUAAUGUUGUCAAUUACAGGUUUAAUAUAUAAAUAGAAUUAAUCCAAUGUGUGCAAAAUUCCCAACCCGUGGACAAAAAUAACCAACAAAAGUAGUCCAAUACCACAACUGCCGAAAGCUGUGGAAUUGCCUCAUGCAGUAACACAUUUGUUUGUUUUAGGAUGUCAUUACCAAAUGAGUAUGAAUAUUAAUUAUACAGUGGGAAAAAUAUAAUGUUCUAAAAGUGUUAGGGACGUCCAUCUUAUUUUCAUUCAAACUUUGCUGGAUUUUAUUAUAACACUGAAGUUUAGCAAACAUUUUUUAAUAUCUACACUAAGUUCCAUGCAAGUUUAUUCACAAAAAUCGCAUUCAGUUCCACUGGUGCUUGGUGACUUCCUCAUUUCCUUAUCACACAUUAGUGGUUGCCCUAUUUUACCCGCCACAAUAGGUGAUCCAUGUCAUUACAGCCUACACACCAAUUGGAAGUUAAUAGAUACAAACAGAGGCACUGUACAUCAGUGAUCAGAGAUGUCUGAGCUAGUUUCUGAUUAUGUGAACUACGCUGAAAGGAGAGGAGAACGCAUAGAGAAGGUGGUGGAAAUCUAUGACCUUGCCGAUGCUGGUAGAAGUAAAGAAGACACAGAAGCCACGUGUGUAAAGAAAAGCCUACGGACUGAACACACAGCAGGAUGCACUGCAGGGGGAAGAUGUCACACACUGACAGCAGUGUGUGUGCUGCUGCUGUGUGUUCUCCUGCUGACUGCCGUCACAGUGCUGUGGAUCAAAUUCACCAACCUGAAUACAGAAAACAACCAGCUACAGACCAGAAACACCAACCUGAAUACAGAGAGAGACCAGUUACAGACCAGUUACAACGAUAUGAGAAAUGAGAGAAACCAGUUAAAAUUUCAGAGAGACCUGUUACUGUUUCAGAGAGACCAGUUACUGUUUCAUAGAGACCAGUUACAGCAGGAGGCAUCAGGACUGAAGAACGUGCUUUUAAAACUUGGAUGGAGAGUUUUCAGCUCAAGCAUUUAUUACAUUUUUACUGAAAAGAAGUACUGGGAUGAGAGCAGAAAGUACUGCACAGACAGAGGAGCAGACCUAGUGAUCAUAAACAGCACAGAGGAACAGGAGUUCAUCAGUAAUUAUACUGGCGGUACUGAAGCUUGGAUUGGUCUGACUGACAGAGAGAGAGAGCGGGAAUUUAAAUGGGUGGACGGUAAACCACUGACCACUGCGUUCUGGUGGGACGGGGAACCCAAUGAUUACAACAAUGAGGACUGUGUUAUAACAGGCUAUAAAAAUGCUAAAUCUAACAUAUCGACUUGGGCUGAUUAUCCCUGUAACCACCCUGUAGUCGGGAUUUGUGAGAUGAAAAUAUUUAACUGAGCACAUGGGAGUCAGUCACUGAAAUUGAAAAAAGUUAGAAUUGAUAACUAUGUGAAUCUUUGUUGACUUGUUGACUUUGUGCUUCUUUUCCAUUUAUUCUCACAAUAGCAGCUCUCAAGUUGCUUGAAUGAUUCUGUCUAGCAGUGUUACAGCUUUCAUAGAUUUAAAAUGAAGACAAAACUUAAUUCUGUACUUAAAUACAAUCUGUUUUUGGACUUACAAAGAGCUGGAGCGACAGGCCACACUCUGAUAAAGAAGAGUAGUCUGUGAGAAAAGUGUUUUUUAGUUGUAUAAAUGACUAAAUGACUUAUUAAAUAUAUAUA